AUGCACGAUGGUCCGUGCGGUAAUUCUCGGACAAAUCUACAUCCACUGAAACGACCUUGCACACCACCAGUGCAUUAUCACCUCAAACAAGACGAAAGAUUUGAUGUAGAGAAAGGCACGUUGGGAUACAUGCUAGAUGGCACGAACGGCACAGUACAAGCAAAUGAACACUUACUGAUACCAAAAGGUUCAUGUCACACAUUUUGGAGUGCAGGUGAUGACGAUCUGAUUGUAAAUAUAACACUCUAUAAUGAUCGAGGAAUGAUACCGGGCAGAAGUGCUGAUUCUUACUUUGAAAACAUUAAUGGCAUCAGACGUGACAGUCCAAGUUUGAUUGCAACCCUUCAGGGUCAUUCUAUGUCUGGUGGCGCUGAGGCUCGAACACCGUGCCUUGGUAGUACGUGCCGAACAUAUAUAUAA